CCCCUCCCCUGUCCUAACGGCACGAGGGCUUGGCUGCAGUCUCCAUUUCCGAGGGGAAACAAAACACGGCGCUGCUAGGGGAGGGUCUGGCUUUCAGCAGAGGCGACAUGGCCGAGGAGGUGUUCCAGAAGGCCCGCGACAGGACCCUGAGGGUUUUCCGCGAAGAUGUGGAAAAGGAAUGGAAGGCCCCAUUCUACUUCAUUCAGGGAGCGGACCCUCAGUUUGGGCUAAUGAAAGCCUACGCGAUCGGCGACUGCAACAGCGGGGGAGACGAAUGGGAGCAAGAGCUGAAGCUCACGCAGCAAGCGGUGCAGGCCAUCAACCGGCUGAAGCCCAAGCCCAAGUUCUUUGUGAUUUGUGGAGAUCUCGUCCACGGCAUGCCAGGGACUCCUUGGCGAGAGGCGCAGACCCGUGACUUGAAAACUGUUCUGAAGGGCCUCAGCCGUGACAUCCCCACGGUGUUCGUCAGCGGCAACCACGACCUCGGGAACUCGCCCACUCCAGAAACGAUUGACGAUUAUUGCCAGCAGUGGGGAGAUGAUUACUUCUCCUUCUGGGCAGGGGGCGUCUUCUUCCUUGUCCUCAAUUCUCAGCUCUACUUUGAUCACUCGAAAUGCCCGGAACAGAAGCAGGCUCAGGACUCAUGGCUGGACAAGCAGCUGGCCCUGGCAGAAAAGAGAGCAUGCAAACACGCUGUGGUGUUCCAGCACAUCCCUUUGUUCCUCCAGGCGCCUGACGAAGACAACGACUACUUCAACCUGGAGAAGUCGGUCCGGCAGGAGUUGCUGGACAAAUUCCGCAAAGCAGGUAUUAAAGCAGUGUUUUCUGGACAUUACCAUAGAAACGCUGGAGGCUCCUACAAAGAUCUUGAGAUGGUUGUUUCAUCUGCCAUAGGAUGCCAACUUGGAGAAGACACCCACGGUCUCAGAGUGGUGGUGGUCACUGCUGAAAAGAUUGUUCACAGAUACUACAGUUUGGACAAGCUGAACAAUCAAGGGAUAGAGAAAGAUCUUAUGGAUUUGAUUAAGCAGAAUUAGUCCUUUUUCUUCCUGUGCCAGACAUAUUUGACUAAUCCAGUCCAGGCAGGGCAGUUCAGCUGUGUGCCUUCACCCUGACCCACUUUUCUGCUUCUCCGCUCUCACAUCUUAAGAACUAACCACCCAAUAAGCCUCUGUCACCCUAGACACUGAUAUAGAAAGUCAAGCAGAGAGAGUUUAGCUGCGCUUCUGGGGUGUACAUAAAUCUUCAAUUGUACAAUAAAAGUAAUGACAAUGCUA